UCAUGUGUCAACCUCAUUGGCUUCAGCCCACAUCAACUCAUAAACUCAUCAUCCUCUAAUUCAUUUCCCCCAAAAAAACAAUCUUUUCCUCUCCUCACGUUUAUCUCGCGUGACUUCCUUCUCUCUCUCUACGAUCUGCUCUUAAACAUAUGCACAAAAUUCAGACUUCUCUUCUUUUCACUCUUCACCAAAAUCUUGGCCGAAAUUUACUUCUAUGAUUCCAUCUUCACCCACUUCUGAUAUUAACAAGGUGAUGUCUGGGAAAAAUUUAAUUGCUAUAUGUCAAUCUGGGGGCGAGUUUGAGACCGAUAAAGAUGGUGUGAUGACUUAUAAAGGUGGAGAAGCUCAUGCUAUUGAUAUUGAUGAUGAGAUGAAUUUUGAUACCUUCAAGAUGGAGGUGGCUGAGAUGUUCAAUUGGGGGAUUGAUACAAUGUCUAUGAAGUACUUCCUCCCUGGAAACAGGAAGACUCUCAUUACGAUAUCCAAUGAUAAGGACUUGAUGCGCAUGAUCAAGUUUCAUGACUGUCGCUUGACUGUUGAUAUUUAUGUUAAGAUAGGAGAAAUUCUUGCUCCUGAGGUCUCUAACAUGCCUGUCAGUAGGUCAAGCAGAACCUCUUUAUCUCAGGCAGCAAUGUCGCUUGAUGCCCCCAUUGAUGUGGUGGAGGAUACUAAUCAUCCUGAUGAUGUGAAUUAUAUCACUCCUCUUGAUCUUGCCCAAACUGAUGCCCACAUCGAGAUACCAACUGAAAUUACUCAUGUAAUGCCCCUCACUAGCUCCAGUGAUGAGAAACUUAUGAAAGCUUCUCAUCAGUGGCAAAAUAAUAUUACUGGUGUUGGUCAGAGAUUCAAUAGUGUCACAGACUUUCGUGAAGCGUUACGUAAAUAUGCCAUUGCUAAUCAAUUUGCAUUUAGAUAUAAAAAGAAUGAUAGUCAUCGUGUGACUGUCAAAUGCAAAGCAGAAGGUUGUCCUUGGAGAAUCCAUGCAUCAAGGUUAUCUACCACACAGCUAAUUUGUAUCAAGAAAAUGAAUCCUGCACAUACUUGUGAAGGAGGUAUUCAUGCUACAGGAUACCAAGCUACUAGAAGCUGGGUUGCGGGUAUAAUAAAAGAGAAGUUGAAAGUGUUCCCAAAUUACAAGCCCAAGGAUAUUGUCAAUGACAUUAAGCAGGAGUAUGGAAUUCAAUUAAAUUAUUUCCAGGCUUGGCGUGGAAAAGAAAUUGCGAAGGAGCAACUACAAGGUUCUUACAAAGAGGCUUAUAAGCAGCUACCAAAUUUCUGUGAAAAGAUUAUGGAGUCAAAUCCGGGUAGUUUUGCUACUUUCACAACUAAAGAUGAUUCUAGCUUUCAUCGUCUCUUUGUCUCAUUUCAUGCCUCAUUGUAUGGAUUCCAGCAAGGAUGUCGACCUCUGUUUUUCCUAGAUAGCGUAUCGUUAAAGUCUAAAUACCAAGGAACACUUCUAGCUGCCAAUGCUGCUGAUGGGGAUGAUGGUGUCUUUCCGGUUGCAUUUGCUGUGGUUGAUGCAGAAACUGAUGAUAACUGGCGAUGGUUUUUAUUGCAGCUAAAGUCAGCGAUGCAGACACCUGUCCCAGUAACCUUUGUAGCAGACAGACAUAAGGGUUUGAAGGAGUCAAUUGCCGAAAUUUUUGAGGAUUCUUUUCAUGGUUACUGUUUAAGAUACUUGACUGAGCAUCUUAUUAGGGACCUGAAAGGGCAGUUUUCUCAUGAAGUAAAGCGCCUUUUAGUUGAGGAUCUCUAUGCUGCUGCUUAUGCUUCUAAGCCUGAAGAUUUUCAGAAGUAUGUUGAUAGCAUUAAGAGUAUCUCUACAGAAGCUUAUGACUGGGUCAUACAAAGUGAACCUGAGUACUGGGCAAAUGCUUUCUUUAGAGGUGCAAGAUAUAAUCAUUUGUCAUCAAAUUUUGGCGAUAUUUUUUAUAGCUGGGCAUCAGAGGCACAUGAGUUACCCAUAACACAGAUGGUUGAUGUUAUUCGAGCUAAGAUAAUGGAGUUAAUUUAUGCACGGAGAUCGGAGUCAGACCAGUGGUUAACAAGGCUAACCCCUUCGAUGGAAGAAAAGUUGGAGAAGGAAAACUUGAAAGUUCGUCCUCUUCAAGUAUUGCUCUCAGCUGGUAGCACAUUUGAGGUACGUGGAGACACCACAGAAAUAGUCGACAUUGAUCUAUUGGAUUGUACUUGCAAAGGCUGGCAGUUGACUGGUCUACCCUGCUGCCAUGCUAUUGCUGUUAUUGGCUGCAUUGGAAGGACUCCAUAUGAAUAUUGUUCCCGUUAUUUUACGGUUGAAAGCUACAGGUUGACAUACUCGGAGACACUAAAUCCUGUCCCUAGCAUGAAUGAGCCUUUCCAGAAUGAUUCAUCUCAGGCUGCCGUAACAGUUACCCCUCCUCCUACGCGCCGACCUCCAGGCCGGCCAACCAAGAAGCGUUUUGGUUCACAGGAUGUUGUCAAACGCCAGCUACAGUGUAGUAGGUGCAAGGGCAUGGGACACAAUAAAUCAACCUGCAAAGAGGUUUUAGUGGAAUAGUAGUAAUGGACGGAUCUAAUGUUUCGGAAUCUUGGAAAGCCGAGGUCUAGCAAGCUGCUUAUCUUUUCAUGGAACCAAAUUUCCUGAGAAAAAACAGCCUUCUCCUCUCCUGCAUCAGAUUCUAUGUUGGGUCUGUAAUGACGCUUUACUAACUCAACCCUAGGACUCUUCUUGUUUCUUUUGUUAUGGCUUUCUCAUCAGUGAUAGGCUUUUUUCUGGAACGUUUCAUGUAUAUACUAGUAUACUACAAUAUAUUUGGCCUGCAUGAUCUGAUGGAAAGAACUUUUCUUAUCUCAUCACUGAAUUAGUGAUUACCUUCAUACUUCUCAAUAUAUCUUCUCUUAUCUCAUUGCUUUCAAUCUACAUUUCCUCAUCUUUGGCCAUGAGUAUGAGCUUAUUUUACCUUGGUGAACUCGUUAAUACGUAUGAACCAUCUCAUCUACACAAAUCGUUGAUGUCUUGUCAGACCAAUAACUUUUUACGUAUCUUGCGAAACUUUAUACCUCUGAAUGACUUCUACUGAUAUGUGUUAACUUAUUCAUCUGAUUUUAGUAACUUCAUUGUUUCUUCAUACAAAAAAUUGCACAUUUCCAAAUACUCUGGAACAUGACGUAUACUAAUUGAUCUGAUUUGUACAACUUGUGCAAGGAUAAUACCAUUUGUGAGGUGUAUACUUGUCUCUCCUCAUACUAUUGCUUCUUUAGAUCUCUUGCUUAAAAGUCUUUAUGUUGACGGUUGUGUAAGUGUUCCUACCUAUUCAAGAGAAACGUAGAGAAGUUGCUUAUUUUGAACUUCGUUUUGUUAGUUGUACUUAAUUGAAAGUACUAUUGGAAAGUUGUACUGCGGACACUAUAUUAGAGUACAAUAAAGGUAGUUGGCAGUACUUCUGAAUUCAGAACAUACUACUUCACUUGUUAGUUGUUAGUACCAACAUGUAGUACAAGCAAUCAUGCUGCCUUAUUUUAAAUGUCUGGUACUACAAUAUACCUUACAUUUUGUUUAUAAAUAAAGCAUAUUGCAAAAACUUAAGAUCAUAGAAAACCACAUAGUGCAAUAUUGCCAAAUAGAUCCGAUCCUAAAUCUUGAGUAUCACUCUCGAAACUUUAUCAUAUAUUCAUAUCCAUGUCAAAAAAAAAAAAGCAGUCCUGUAUAAUGGACAAACCCGAAAGUUUGAGUAUCCUUUAAACUUUUAUUAUCUGCAAUAGGUAACAUUCAAGUCUAAUCGAGCAAAUUUGGUGAGUUUCUUAUUUUUUUAAAAAUAUAUAUUCUGAUUUUUUUUUUUUUUUGAAUGGUUGAAAUAGGGAGAAAAAGAGCUAAGAGCUAGGGAAAAGGUGGAGCAUGAGAUGGAUCAGUCAACCAUAUAUAGAUGUUGAUGUUCCUCCCAUGCACUGCCUCUUCCCUGGCUCUCAUAUUAGUUCUUAAUCUUCUCUUUUAUCUUCUCAUUUAUGUUACAAAAUGCAAUAAUCUGGUUUGGAACUAGUUAAAGAUUAGAUUUUGAUUAAAUCAUUAGCGAAUUGUGGGAUUUUUGGUUGUUUUAAAAUGGAAAAAGAAGAAGAAGAAUGCUUGUAUUUUCUAUAUUGAAACAUUUCAACAUAAUAAGAUCCUCUGUCAUGCUUGUGUUUUCCUUUAAUAAAGUGGACUAGUAGUGUGUCCACUGGAUUUCUUUUAAUUGCAGGUAGAUCUUCUAAUCAUCUAACUGUGCUGUUGCGAAGGCAAAAUCAAGACGAUACUCAAGAGUCAAGGGUCGUUGUUCAUUGGCAUUGUUUUUCUCCUUAUGUGGGUCAAUUUGCUGUUGACUUGUAGCCUUCUAGGGUAAUAAGCUCAUUGGGAAUAUGAUAAAGAUCCUGUUUGAUGAUUAGCUGAUCGAUUAAAUUGUAUUAGCUAUUUUGACGGACAUAACUGUUAUCAACUUUGUAUGAAUACGCUUAAUUCUUUUUUUUUUUGUAAAACUUAGGCCUGAGUUUAUUUUUAGUUCAGUUCAAUUCAACUCUGGACAAUACUUUUACUCUCA